AUGGGGGCUUCUACAUUCAUCUCUGCCGGCGGCGCGGCUCUCCGGCCGAUUGCCAGGCGCUCACUCAUCCAUAUCCGACCUCAGCUCCGUGCCACUCCGGCCGCCGCAGCUGCAUCCCGGUCAACGACACUGGCAACAACUCCACUGUAUCCGACACAGUACCCAUCACGCCAUUCUUCAGCCUGGACAAUUCGGCGAAUGACACCAACAUCACCAUCCGCACUCUCAUCCUCAACAACAACGCGUUACCACCGCCUCAAAUCCACGACACCUUCAGCCACAGCCCCCCAACCCUAUCGGCCCUCCAAACGCAGGGCCAGAACCUUCAUAAGCCCUCGCUACCUCCCCGUCCUCCUCCUCCUCGCAGUAGGCGGCAUAGCAUGGGAUGCCCAAUGGCUCUUCCCCUCCACCCCGCAAUCCAACGACCCAGCCGAGCAAACAGCCCUCGGCCCAGCCCGCAAGUUCAUCCUAUUUGACGUCGUCGCCCGCGAGCAGGUCUCCCCGACCUCCUUCAUCCUAACCCUCAAGGCACCGCCUUCGUCCCACAGCAGCAACGUCCCAAGCAUAUCCUCCCUCUGGGACAUCUUCGACCUAUGGUGCGUAGAGGUGAAGCAGCCUCAGAUCCAGGUCGCGAGGGAGUAUACGCCCCUCCCUCCCGUCCCGGGCUCCUCGUAUGAUGAGGACACUCUCCGCCUCUACGUUCGCGCCGUACGAGGGGGUGAAGUUUCAACAUAUCUGAGCCGUCUAGCACCCCCUUCCUCACCAUCAGAUGGCCCAGCAACAAAGGGCGAUAAAGUCGAACUCCGCGGUCCACACGGCGAAUUCGACCUCCGCUCCCGCCUGGGCAAACGAGGCGACCGCGUCGUGUUCCUCGCAGGCGGAACGGGCAUCGCGAGCGCACUACAAGCCGCGCACGCCGUCCUCCCGCUCGCAGACGGACCGUCCAUGACCAUCUUCUGGGCCGUCAGGAGCCGCGAUGAGAUUCGAGAGCAGCUGGUCGGGGGGCAUACCGUGCCGCCACAGGUGAAGCCGUCGUCAUCGUCGUCGUCGGGAAGCUGGUGGAAUCCCUUCUCUUCAUCAUCGACAAACACCCCCGGAUCCCAGGCCGAGGCCCUCCUCUCCGCAGAUACACUCGCCGCCCCCUCGCCUAUAAGCAGGGACCUCCUCGCCCUCAAAGUGAAAUACGGCGACAAGCUCGACGUCCGCGUGGUAGUAGACCAAGAAGGCACCGCCGUCCGCGAAGCAGACCUCUCCGCCGCGCUCACUCCCCAAUCCUCCCCCACGACUUCUGCUGGUACAACGCCGACACACGCCGUUGAAGGCUGCAGAUUCCACUCUCAGACAGCACACGUCGGCAUGGUCGACGGCGCGCCCAACGCCGGGAAGAGAAGCCUUUUCAAGCAGGACGACUGCGCUUGCUCCGCCGACGACGCCGCGCCGCGGGGAAAGAACGUCUUUGUGGUUUCCGGGCCCGAGGGUUUCGUCCAGGCGUACGCUGGCGCCAAGCUGUGGCGGGACGGCGGGCAGCUGCAAGGGCCUGUGGGGGGUAAGUUGGGCGCGAUGCAGAGGCGGAACCCGGAUAUCUUGAAGGACUGGAUUGUUCUCAAGUUGUAG